UAAUAUUUAAUAAUUUAUAUCAAUCAUGCAAUUUAUUAUUUUAAUUAUUUAAUCAUUAACAAAACUAUCAUUUAAAUUGAUUUUCUUGUUCAAAAAAAGAUUAAUAAACGAUGAAAUUAUUUUUGUUGAUGUAAAUAAACAUCUACUUUGUAAACGUUACUUAUUUUUUUUUUUUGUGUGUAAGUUGGAAACAGUACCUUUAUGUAUUUGUGGUGCACCUGGUACAGGUUGGUGGUAGUCAUGAAAUAUAUAGGUAUAUAUAAACGUGUUGCCUGAGAUUGCGUAAAUAUAAAAAAAUUAUUUUUUUAAAUCGAGGUCAUCAAAAUACUAUAAUAUAAGUACGAUCACGAACGUCGAUUUUAACUUUCACAAAAAAUAAAUAAGACUAUUUUUGGCUGAGAGAAAAAUAUCUCUUGAUUUUUCAUUUUUUUUGUCCACUGAAAUAUUAUGAUAAAAUCUUUAUGAUAGUAAUCUUAUCAUACAAUAUUAUUCAUUAAUAAACGUAUAAAUAUUUAUGCAUAAAGACAAGUUGUAUUUUCAGUAUGUUGAAUAAUAAUAUUUUUAUUAAAUACUGAUAAUAAUUUAUCUUUUUUUUAGUGGUGGUGUAUUGAAAUGUGCGCUUGCGCGUAAAUACCUGUAUACGUUUUUGCACAGAGGUGUCCAGUUUACAAGAUCCAUAAUUGCAAUUGAUGAUUCCAUAUGAUAUUAUGAUUUUAAGUGAUAUUAAAAAUAGUAAAUAUAUAAUGAUACUGUUAUCAUUAAGUUGAAAAAAAUUGGUGUAUUAAUUGUGCUUUAAAUUGGACUGUGAACUGUGGAAUAUAUCAUCAGUUAUUCAUCGAAUGUUCAACCAGCUGCUACAACUGUCAUUGCUCAAUUUCAUAAUAUCAGAUUAUUUUAAACAAUAUUAUAUCAAAAUUAAUAACUUGAUUAUAACAAGUUAACUUCAAGUAAACUUGAACGCAAAAAUUCCUUAGUUAAAAGGUUUUUAAUUGAAUUGAAAAAUGAAAACAGAUUUUAUGAUAAAAAUUAGUUAAUGUUAAUAAUAUUAACAGUCUUAAAAGACUGGGAUAAAUAUCAAAUGAGCUAAAAUACAAAAUAAAUAAUUAUAAAAUAAUUAAUAUAUGAAAAAAAAAUUAUUUGAAUAUGGCUGAACGACUUUGCUUAGGAAAUGAAGUUAAAGAACUUAAACUUGGCUCAACAUUUAACAGUAAUAGAAGAUCAGCUUAUCAUACAGUAAAAUAUGAUUUUAAGCCAGCAAGUGUUGAUGAUUCUAAAAUGGCGACUGUUGAAGUUGGCUCAAAUAAUACAAUGACUGUUACAGUACCACAUCUUGAUGGAGCUGGAAUACCUCAUACAGUUUUUAAAGGUUCACAAAGACCUUAUAGUAAAGAAUGUGUUUUAAUAAUUGAUCAUGUAAGUGGUGAAAUAACACUUGAAAAAUUAUCAUCAAAUAUACAAGUUAAAAAAACAAGAGUAGAACAAAAAAUUCAUUCAUCAUCAAAUAUUCCAAAUUCAACAUCGUCAAAUAAUAGUAAUAAUACAAACUCAUUAUUACCAACACAACCAACUGAACAACAAAAACGUAGUCCAACACAUGGAAGAACAUCUAGUAGAACAAAAGUAACAAGUGGUAAAAAAAGAGAGCCAACUGUACAACUUCAUCCAGCUCCAAAACAACAACCAAGUCCACGUCGUGUAUCACCAUAUCAUGGUAAAAGUCCACCUAGUAUAAUGAAUAAUAAUUCAUCACCAAGACAAUCAACAAAUUUAGGAACUCCAUCAUUUGCAAGUUUACCAAUGAUUGGAGGUGAUUUUGAUGAUUUUUUAUCAACAUCAGCAGCUCCAACAACACCAUCAAAUAUUCCAACACAUACAAUUAUAAAUACUUCAUUGAAUCUUCCAACACAAACAACAAGUACUAGCAAAAUUGGUGAUCUCAGUGAAUCCAGCUCAAAUAGCUCAGGUUCUGAUAGCUCAGACAGUGAUUCAGAAGAAGAAAAUAUAUCUAAUCCUACGAUUAUUAAUGAACGCACUAAUGGUAAUAUUCAAUCAGCAACAUUAAACAAUAAUCUUCUUAAUCAAGAUCUUCAACUAUCUGAAUCAGAAUCUGAUAGUAAUUAAAACGAUAAAAAUAUUACAGUGUU